AUGAUGGAGACAGACGAAUUAAAAAUUCUCGUCAAGUGGAGUGGCAAAGAGUACGAAGUCGCCCUGUCUGAAAACGAUACCGUCGCUGACCUCAAAACGUUGAUCCACAAAGAAACCGGAGUCCGUCCAGAUCGCCAAAAACUACUUAACCUGAAACUGAAAGGAAAGAGUCCAGAUGAAGAUAGUAAACUAUGUCUGCUCAAACUGAAACAAGGUUUCAAGCUGAUGAUGAUGGGAUCACUUGAAGAAGAUAUUGCUGAAGUUGCUCAAGCUCCAAAAGAUCUACCUGCAGUUGUGAAUGACUUGGACAUUGAAGAUGAAGAGGUUGCAAUUGAGAAUCAAGAGGUGUAUCUGUCAAAAGUACAGAAGAGAAUCAAAGAAUACAAGAUUAACAUGCUCAAUGAACCCAGAGGGAAAAAGUUGUUAGUGCUUGAUAUUGAUUAUACUUUAUUUGAUCAUAGAUCAUCUGCAGAGCAGGGUGCUGAAUUAAUGCGUCCGUUUUUGCAUGAAUUUCUUACCUCAGCUUAUGAAGACUAUGAUAUUGUAAUUUGGUCUGCUACAAGUAUGAAGUGGAUAGAAGAAAAAAUGAAAUUAUUGGGAGUGACAGUCAAUCCAAACUAUAAGAUUAUGUUUUAUUUGGACAUUUUAGCUAUGAUUACUGUGCACACGCCAAAAUAUGGUAUUGUUGAGGUGAAGCCAUUGGGUGUGAUUUGGGGAAAAUAUGAGCAAUACUCAUCAAAAAACACAAUUAUGUUUGAUGAUAUUCGCCGAAAUUUCAUCAUGAAUCCCAAAAACGGUUUGAAAAUCAGACCGUUUAAACAAGCGCAUUUUAAUCGUGAUACGGAUAAAGAAUUACUCCGCCUGUCAAAAUAUUUGAAGGAUUUGGCGCAUUCUAGUGAUGAUUUCACAAAAAUCAAUCAUCGCUACUGGGAGAAAUACAAGCCGAGAAAGGAGAGAAGACAUCAUUGAAUAUUUCAUUAUAAAUACCCUCAUUAAUCCAAUAUAAUGUUAUAAUUAAAAACAUAA